AUGCCUCCAGAAGAGAGGGCCCACGAAGACUAUUGGAUCAUGUGGCACCCUUGGGUCGAUAUCAUUUGUGCGAACACGACAGAACCGUCUUGGAUUGGGAAGGAAGGGCUUGGCCGGGAAUUCCAACAAUUCUGCAUAGAUGACUCUCAUACCAUUUCAUGGGCCCUCGUGUUUACGUGCCAGAUGCACGUCGACAGCGUUCACAUCCGAAGACGGCAUCUCCAGGGCGACUUUCAGACUAUGCGUGAUUUCGCCGAGAAAAUCACGCAGUCCUAUGAUUCGUAUUUACCUGAAGAGGAGCCUGCGCAAGGCCAGGCCUACGUUCAAGAGAAGCUCGACUCAGCUCGAACGUCCAUACGCGACUGGUUGCUAAAUGAUGCUCUCACACAAAGCAAAGAGCACAGCGGAUGGGAAAAGUACAAAGGGUACUGCGACAAGAAUUCUAUUUGGCUUCUCAAUCUAUGGCUGACUGCCAAUGCCAUCUCCGGGGCCACGGUUCGCUACUUCAGGUUCGCAACUUUCGUCAUCCAGCACGAUAGAUACGUUCAAUCGAUCCACUUGUGGAAUAUGCUCAAGCAGACUGGACACCUCGCUUUUUCCACCACCGUGGUUCGUCAGGAUUUAGCAACCGAGGACAUUUUGUUACUCGAUCAUCUUGUCGAAGCAUUCAGUGAAAAGGUUUUUCUUGGACCUCCUCCUAAACGCGACUUCUUUAAGAGCUGGGAACUCUCGAUGGGUGCGCUUCCAGAGAACUACGCACAGGGUAAAAGAGCGCACAAGAAGACCACUCCGCGUCCAAGUAAUCCUCGUCUCAGAAAAAUGGCCCAUAAUCUGAAUCACGACCGAGGUAGCUUCCUCUGGUUGAGUGACGCCGUGAACUUGCAUUAUGCCAACUUUUCUAAUGCUUUAAAGGAGGACUACGCUAGAAGACGCCUCUGCAGACAGGAGUGGGCAUUCUCCCAUCCUCUUGCAGUCACUCUGGAUCUCGUCAACUCGGAAUUCGGAGCUACGACUUCUGCUCCUCCCCUAGCGAAGCCGUGA